CGUCAUGCGAACUAUGAGUAUUUAGCGACUGUGAUUUCGUUAUUUUACGGUGAUUUUAGUAGACUUUUAUUGAUGUUUUUAGUGAAAUAGCGAAAAUGGAGACUGAAAGGAUGAUAGAAGAUACAGCACCACCGCAGGUGACGUCACUCACAUCUCUGGACACGGGUGUCCGUCCCGCGCCGAGCAGCCCCGCUUACGCGGCGGAGCGCGACGCCUGCCUUAACUACUUCACCAGAUGGAACGAGACAGACCAGGUGGAGUUUGUGGAGCAGCUGCUGGCGCGGAUGUGCCACUAUCAGCAUGGACACAUCAACGCGUACCUGAAGCCUAUGCUGCAACGGGACUUCAUUUCAAUGCUACCCAAGAAAGGUCUCGACCACGUAGCAGAGAACAUCCUGUCAUAUUUGGAUGCGAGUUCGUUAUGCGCCGCGGAGCUGGUCUGCCGGGAGUGGCAGCGUGUUAUCUCUGAGGGUAUGCUGUGGAAGAAGCUGGUGGAGCGGAAGGUGCGCACCGACUCCUUGUGGCGCGGCCUGGCCGAAAGGAGGGGCUGGAUCCAGUAUCUGUUCAAACCGAAGCCGGGCUGCCAGCAUCCGUCACACUCGUUCUACAGACAACUAUACCCCAAGAUCAUACAGGAUAUACGCUCCAUAGAGGACAACUGGCGUAUGGGACGACACAAUUUACAGAGGAUUAACUGUCGGUCAGAGAACUCGAAGGGAGUGUACUGUCUGCAAUACGACGACAACAAGAUAGUGUCCGGUCUACGAGAUAACACCAUCAAGAUAUGGGACCGAAAAACUUUGCAGUGUGUAAAGGAGCUCCAGGGUCACACGGGCUCGGUGCUGUGCCUGCAGUACGACGAGCGCGCCAUCAUCUCAGGGUCGUCAGACAGCACCGUGCGCGUGUGGGACGUGGCCACGGGCGCCAUGCUCAACACGCUCAUCCACCACUGCGAGGCCGUGCUGCACCUGCGGUUCUGCAACGGCAUGAUGGUUACGUGCAGCAAGGACCGUUCAAUAGCGGUAUGGGACAUGUCAUCGACGACGGAGAUAAUGCUGCGUCGCGUGCUGGUCGGCCACCGCGCCGCCGUCAACGUGGUGGACUUCGACGAGAAGUACAUAGUCAGCGCCUCUGGGGACCGCACUAUUAAGGUGUGGAAUACCUCGUCGUGCGAGUUCGUGAGGACCCUCAACGGCCACAAGCGCGGCAUCGCGUGCCUCCAGUACCGGGACAGACUAGUGGUGUCCGGCUCCAGUGACAACACUAUCAGACUGUGGGACAUAGAGUGCGGGCAGUGCAUCCGCGUGCUCGAGGGACACGAGGAGCUCGUGCGGUGUAUACGGUUCGACAACAAGCGCAUCGUGUCGGGCGCGUACGACGGCAAGAUCAAGGUGUGGGACCUGCCCGCCGCGCUGGACGUGCGCACGCCGCACCAGGACCUGUGUCUGCGCACCCUAGUGGAGCACACGGGCCGCGUGUUCCGGUUGCAGUUCGACGAGUUCCAGAUCGUGUCGUCGUCGCACGACGACACCAUCCUGGUGUGGGACUUCCUCAACUACGGCGCCGCCGCGCCGCCCGCGCCCGCGCCCGCCCCCGCCCGCGCCCGCACGCCCGACCACGACCAGGACCUCUACGACUAGCUCGGUAUACAUAACAAAUCCAUAUGAGACUCGUGUAUUAUAGACAUCGCGACAUCGUAGCGGGGAGGAGGGUGAAGUGAAGUGGACAGUGAAGUGAAGUGAACAGUGAAGUGAAGUGACUGGUGACGCAAUGUAGUGACGUAAGUGGUCACUAAUGCAGAUCUUAAUAAUCGUGGACUUACUAUUAUAAUAAUAAUAAUUUAAUUACUUUUUUUAUUAAUGUGUUAUUUUAGGGACGUUAGAUGUUACCAAUGUAUAGAGGAAGGUGCGAUAGGCGUGGCUCUCUUGAAAU